AUGCUAGGAGUAUCUCGUGUCACGCAAUUAAUAGAAGGGAUCCGAAGCUCCGACCAGCGUCAACGGUCAAAAAUCGAACAUGCCUUUCUGUACGCCAAGCAAUCGAAGAUAAAGUGGGCCGGACACGUAAUGCGUAUGAAUGACGACCGAUGGACAGGAGCCGUUAGUGACUGGAUUCCUCGGGAUGUCAAGCGUACUGUGUGA